ACGCAAGCACAAACACAGAAGGGUCUCUGUUUUAAGCAGAGCAGAAAAUCAAAAAAGAAAAAAAAGAAAAAAAGAAAAAUGAGAAUAGCCUCGUCAUUUCCCAUGUAGGUGCAGGAAGAGGCAAGAGGAAAAAGAGAAAGAAGAUUUUUUUGUUACGUUGAAGGUUUUUGUUGAGGCGAAUAUCUUCGCAAUUUAUUUCUCUUCUUUUUCUGUCUCUCUUUGUUUGGUUUUAGAGGAUUUGAAGCUAUGGGGACGGAGGUGUUACGGCCUCAGGAUUGCUUGAUCGGAAGGAUCAGAGAUCCUCAUCCUGCGGUGUUUCAUCGCCGGAGAAGUUAUUAUGGUAACGCUAACACUAGUUAUGUGUCUAACCCUAGAUCUAACCGGAAACCGGCGGUGCGUUCAGAGAAACCGGACCAGAGAAAGCGGUUCGUCGCGAGCCAGUCGGAGCCGUCGGUCUCGAAGAGAUCGGGGUCCACCGACGACUCGAAGACGGAGAGGAGGAGCCUCUCGAUGGAGAAAGUGACGAUUCUGAGGAGAGGUGAGUCGCUGGACUCGAAGAUCAAGAGCGAGGCGCUGAGGAAGGAAGGCGAUGGUCUGGUGGUGCUCGGGACCGAGAGGCUCGGCCCGGACCACCCGGAAAUGGUGCCAAAGCAGAUCCGAGUCGCUGAUCUGAGGUUGUCGCCUCCGGUAACCAGGAAGUGCGACAUGUACGCCGGAUCGGCGUUCGCGAUGUCACCGGAGCCCAGCUCUCUUCCGUUGCCGUCGUUCUCGAAGAAGAAGCAGGUCUCAGCGAUCGUCGACGACUCCGCCACCAGAGAUCUGAGGCGGUUGCUUCGGCUCGAUUUGUGAUGUCCAUUUUCAAGCAGGUGAAUAACCGGGUUUUCGGAUCAGACGACCCGGUUCUAUCUUCGGAUCCGAAUGAAUUUCGUUUCGUCUCUCUAUAAUCUUCUUAUUGCCGCGACUUUCGUCUCCACGUUAAUCUCGAGUUUCAGGAUCUGAACCGUCCGUGAUUUUUUUAAACGGGGGUAGAACUGAAAAUCGAGAGAAUUAUGGGGCGAGUUAGAUAAUAUCUUUUGUUUGGAUAUCUUCGUAUCUGUAAUUUUCUGGGGUUGUUUGGGAAUAUGGGUAAUUUAGCGUUGUAUUCUGAGUUGGAAAAUAAAUUAAAAAAAAAAAAAAGAGAGAAAAAAGAAAGGUAAGGGAAAUGGGGGGGUUGAUUUGUAAUAUGGGGAAAUAGAUUGGGUUAAGUUUAAGUGGGCUGUGAAUGAUUCUGCUCUGCUGUAGUGCUGUGAAUUUGUUAAGGCUUUUCUACCCUUUUGUAUUGUAAAGUACGAUAAACAUUAGGGGGGAAAGCUAAGCGGAUUUCGUAAUUUUCUUUGGUUUCUGUUUCUGUUAUAAAUUGUGUACCUCUAAUUAUCUUUGUAAGGUUAAUUGUGUGUAAAGGGUAAUGGAUUACAAGUUAAUGUA